UCCAAUUGCAACCGUUGACAACCUUCACUCCCUUCGCCAUUAACUCUCUCUCUCUCCGAAAUGGAGAAACCAGUACACGAUCCAUGGCGACCCGACCUGGUUUUCCGGCCGCCGGAAACGCCGCGAGAGCCGAUGGAGUUCCUCUCCCGCUCCUGGAGCAUCUCGGCGCUCGAGGUCUCCAAGGCUCUGAGUCCUUCGUCGCAGACUCACCCCUUCGUCUCCAAGUCCUCCGGCGGCGGCGGCGGCGUUUUACCGGAGGAGGAAGCAAUCUCCGGCGGUGACAAGGAGGAGAACGGCGUCGUCGUCGUCCCCGGAAACCCUUUCUCUUUCGCUUCCUCCGAGACUUCUCAGAUGGUCAUGGAGCGUAUCUUGUCUCAGUCUCAAGAACUGGAAGCGUCUCCAAGAACAUCAGGUCGGCUCUCUCACAGCAGUGGUCCUCUCAACGGCUCCUUCACCGACAGCCCUCCUGUUUCCUCGCCGGAGGUCGACGACAUUAAGUUUUGCCAAGCAACAAACCCACUGAACCAGAUUUAUGAGUUCCGUACAACCGCGUCGACUCCGGGCCCCAUCACCGCCACAGCCAUUCAGUCCAAGACGGUGGGUCGAUGGCUCAAGGACCGGAGGGAGAAGAAGAAAGAGGAGACGCGUGCCCACAACGCCCAAGUCCACGCCGCCGUCUCCAUAAUAUCCUUCAUUUUUUUAAUCAUAAAUAUAAUAAAAAAUCACUAUGCAGCGUUCGCGGCGGCGACCGCCGCCUCCUCGAGCUCCGGCAAGGACGAGCAGAUGACCAAGACGGACAUGGCCGUUCCCCCCGCCGCGACUCUGGUGGCCGCUCAGUGCGUGGAGGCUGCGGAAGUGAUGGGAGCCGAGCGCGAGCACUUGGGCUCCGUUCUAAGCUCCGCCGUCAGAGUCCGCUCCGCCGGUGAUAUCAUGACGUUGACCGCCGCAGCCGCCACAGCGUUAAGAGGAGUGGCCACAUUGAAGGCGAGGGCACUGAAGGAGGUGUGGAAUAUAGCGACGGUGAUUCCGAUGGACAGAGGAAUGAGUUAUGGAGGCUGCGUCAAUCCUACCGAUAACGGUAAGGAUAACGGUGUCAAUGGCAGCUCAAGCAGUAGCUACAGCGGUGAACUCGUCUUCGAGGACAACUUUUUGGGCGUUUGCAGCAGAGAAUUGCUUGCUAGAGGCUGUGAACUCCUCAAACGCACUCGCAGAGGUGAUCUUCAUUGGAAAAUAGUUUCUGUUUACAUCAACAGAACGAAUCAGGUUAUAUUGAAGAUGAAGAGCAAACAUGUUGCAGGGACCAUCACCAAAAAGAAAAAGAACGUCGUGCUUGGAGUGAUAAAGGAUGUACCGGCUUGGCCAGGCCGCCAUCUUCUCGAAGGUGGAGAGGAUUUCAGGUACUUUGCAUUGAAAACGGUUUUUCGAGGCGUUGUGGAAUUCGAAUGCCGGAGCCAGAGGGAGUAUGAUUUGUGGACUCGAGGUGUGUCAAGGCUUCUUGCCAUUGCAGCUGAGAGGAACAACAUAUAUAGAAUCUGAGUCAUGUAUGAUCUGUACCUUUUUUAAACAUUUGGGGUCAAACUGCAACUUGGAGAAAGUUUAGGGGUUACUUUUAUAAGGUUUCCUUGUUUGGGGUCAACUUCUAAAAUGC